CCAAUGGCUCAUAUGAACCUCUUUACUUGUUGGUAAAAGGUCUGAACAGAAAGGAGAACUUUUCAAAAUCAGAUGUCAGCAGCUAUCAGUAUGAGGUACUUGGUGGUACGCAUAACUUGUUGGCAACAAAGCAACUUUUAGAGAAGCACCCUGAUAGUGAAGAGUAUAAGGGAAGAUAUGCAAGAAUAUUUGUUGGGUUAACAAAUUUUUAAGCUUUAUGGCUGGCGUCAAGGCAUAAUAAGACUGGGUGUUUCCGUCAUUAAAUGACAUUCAAAGAUGAGGUGGAAGUUGCUCACAGGCAGUUGGAGAUCAUUGGUACAAAAAAUGAGAACAAUGAUUUAGUUCCUAGUCAGCAAUGGAGAGACAGAUGUUCCCACAUAUUAGGAAAGACAAAGAAAAAUCUUUCUGAUGUAUUUCUUGUUGCUGCUCUCCCAGAAGAUGGUUAUCAGUCAUUCCUUGAGAUGUGCCGAAAAUAUGAAAAAGGUCUUCUGAAAGACCAGCGAGCAAUGGCAAAGGACCUACAAGAAAAGCCGAGGUUCAAGCCAUCAUACAUCAAAUGCUUAUUUGGCCUCGACGUUUCAGAUCGUGUUGCUCUGUUGGGUCAGGUAAAGAUAUUUCUUCCAUUUUUAGGCGUAAGAUGCCCCUUAGCUUAUUUUUUUGCCUCUAACGUGUUCCAAAGAAUUUUGAACAUUUCCAAACUUGUAAUUUUCCGCAUAUAUUAG